AUGACGAUUUCAUUAACGGUGAAGAACAAAAUUGGUUUUAUCGAUGACACGAUUUUCGAGCCUGCUGCUGAUGAGUUGGUUAUGAGAAAUGCUUGCAUUCGAAAUAACAGUAUUGUCAUGUCUUGGAUUAUUAAUUCUGUUUCGAAGGAUAUUCAAGGCAGUAUUAUGUAUUCAAAUUCGUCGAAAGAAAUUUGGGAUGAUUUGAAAACUCGGUUCUCGCAGACAAAUGGUCCUCGCAUUUUUCAAUUGCGUCGUGAUUUGGCAAAUCUUACCCAAGGCAGUCAAUCAGUGAAUGUAUAUUUCACUAAAGUCAAGGCUAUUUGGGAUGAAUUGGCGAAUUAUCGGCCAUGUUGUUCUUGUGGCAAGUGUGACUGUGGUGGUUUUGAAAAAUUACAGGCUCAUUAUAAUCAAGAGUAUGUCAUGAGUUUCCUUAUGGGUUUGAAUGGAAGUCUUGCUUCUACUAGAGGCCAAAUCAUGCUCGUGGAUCCGCUUCCUCCCAUAUCUAAUGUGUUAGCGUUUAUUUCUCAAGAAGAACGUCGAAGAUCAGUUGUAUCUUCACAUGUCGAUUCUUCUGGUUCUGUCUUUUCUGUCAAGAAUGAGCCAUUUAAGCGGUCCGUUAAUAAUCAGUUCUACAAUCCUGGGCUCAAGAAGAAAGAGCGGAGUUUUUGCACGCAUUGUAAUAUGCCGGGACACACGGUGGAGAAGUUCUAUAAACUUCAUGGAUAUCCUCCAUCUUAUAAGCAAAAAUCUCGUUUUUCCUCUCAUGAUAAUCAAGUUUCUGGUUUUGACACUCCUUUGGAUCUUCAUUCUUCAGAUUCAGGUGUUAGCUCUCAACACAUGGAUAGAUGUCUUCAGACUAUGACUCCCUCUCAAUGUCAGCAGUUUAUGAAUUUGUUUUCAUCACACAUGGCUGCUCAACAGCAACAAUCUGCUGUUAAUUCUGCUCAGCAACAUUCUUCUGCUCAAGGAGGUGAUACAACCACGGUUUCUUGUGUGACAGGUACUUGUGCUUUAACUGGUACUCCUUCUUUGUCUUCACAUGAUUGGAUUCUUGAUUCAGGAGCUUCUAAACACAUUUGUCAUGAUAAGCCGAUGUUUGUUAAUCUCAGAUCUGUUAGUAAUUCCAGGGUUCUUUUACCUGAUUCUUCUGUUUUAAUUGUUUCCUAUGUGGGUGAUGUUCGUUUUUCUAAUGAUAUUUUUCUUACUGGGGACAAGUUCUUCAAGAUGAUUGGCAGGGGUAGAAAGGUUGAGGAGCUUUAUGUCUUGGAUAUACCUCAUUUUCAGCAUUCUCUUUCCAUAUAUUCUUUUAAUUCUGUGGUUUUUCGUAAUCAAUCCUCUGCCACUGUUUGGCAAAGAGUUUCUCUUGGUUUUUUUGCUCCUAAAGACAGCUAUUGUCAUGUUUGCCAUGUUGCUAAACAGAAGAGGCAUCAUUUUCCUUCUCAUAAUCAUGUUGCUGACCAUGUUUUGAUCUCAUUCAUUGUGAUAUUUGGGGUCCUUAUAAAGUACACAUGGGUUCAUUUGGUUCAUUCUAAAUUUGAUGCUUUAGUUGUGAUUCUCGUUUUAUUUCUAUGGUUCAAACUCAGUUUGGUCUUACACAAUGUUUCUCCUUACAGCAUUCUUUAUCCUAAUUCUCCUUUUGAUUAUACUAGUCUUAAAGUUUUUGGUUGUCUUUCCUUUACUUCCACCUUAUCUGCUGCUAGAGAUAAGUUUCAGCCUAGAGCAAGGUCUUGUGCUUUUAUUGGGUAUCCUACUGGUGUUAAGGGUUAUAAAUUCUUAGAUAUUCACAGUAGGGAAGUGUUUUUCUCUCGAGAUAUGGUGUUUCAUGAAGAUCAGUUUCCUUUUACUAAUAUUCCUAAUUCUUCCACUGAGUCUCUGUUUGAUUCUCAGUCUGUUGUUCCUCUUUCUCAGUCUAUUUCUUUAUCUGUUGUGCCCAUUGAUCCUUAUGUGGAUCCCUUGCCUUCUGCUUCUUCUUCUCAGCCUAGAAGGUCUGUUAGACAGGUCAAGCCUCCUUCUUAUUUAACUGAUUAUGCUUGUUUUGGUUUGCAUAAGUCUAAUUACCCCAUUGCUUCUGUUUUGUCUUAUAAUAAGUUGUCUAAUGAUUAUAGACAAUUUGUUCUUAAUAUUUCUCAUGAUUCUGAGCCUCAUACUUAA